UCACCUUCCUGUCAGUGGUUUUCAACAACACACACAUGUCACAUUAGUUUUAAUAAUAUCAUGCAAGUACAGGCAUGGUUUUGUAUACUUUCAUGAAUUAAGCAGUAAUAUUUGACUAUCGCUUUUGGUACCCUUCGUGUUUUACAAUACAUUAAGGCUAUCGUUAUUUAAGAUACCUUACGCAAUAGUAAACCGUACGCGGUUGGGAUCCACAAACCUAACCUAUAUGUGUAUUGUGUUAUAGUUUUCCAGCAAUUACAAUGACUAGCUUGUUAAAAGAAGUAUAUGAAAAAACAGCCGAAUAUACCGCAUUUUACACUGGCGGUGACAUACAGUGGACUACAGAUGGCUCAAAUCUCCUGUGUCACUGUGACGAUGUAAUAAAAGUAAUUGACGUCAACUCAUUAACAACUAGCCACAGCAUUGGACAAGCAGACGAAAAUGAGGAAUCUGACCAAAUAUAUACUUUUCAAAUGUCACAUGAUAAUAAAACUAUAGUAACUGCGCACAAGAGUGGAUUGAUGAAGUUAUGGGACCAAGAAACAGGGGCACAGCAAAAAGUUUGGAGAUCAAGCCAUAAAGGUCCAGUUGCAAGGUUGGCAUUUGAUAACUCUGAUGAAAACAUUGCUUCUGGAGGCUCUGACGGCAACAUCAGGCUAUGGGAUCUUACACACCACACUUGCACAAGCAGUCUACGAGGAGCAAUGGGUGUGUUCUCAGUACUGAAAUAUCACCCUGACUCAUCUAAACAAUUAAUAUUUGGAGCAGCUGAUGACACAAAAAUAAGAUCAUGGAAUUCUAAAACUGGUAAAGAACAUAUAGUUUAUUCAGGUCACUUCAGUAAGAUAACUUCAAUACUGUUCACACCUGAUGGUGAGAAUAUGGUAAGUUCUGGAAGAGACAGAGUCUUAAUAUUAUGGAACUUAAAUGAAAGUAAGGCACUCAAAGUUGUGCCAGUAUAUGAAAGUAUUGAAUCCACUAUUCUUUUACCUCCAACAUUUAAAAUACCAAACUUUAAAAAGAAGUUGGAGACUGAUGGCAUUUAUGUUGCUUGCGCUGGUGAGAAGGGCAUUGUCAAAGUAUGGAAUGUAGCAAUGAGCAGACUCAUGUUUGAACAAAGCAAUAGCCUUGUAUCUCCUGCAUCUGAAGAAGGUGGCUUAGCAAUCACACACUUAAUCUUCAAUGAUUUGCGAAAUGUUUUGUCAGUUGUCACAGCAGACCAUAACAUCAUCAUACAUGAUCUAGAAACAUUUGACUGUGUGAAACAGUUAAUUGGAUUCACUGAUGAAGUUCUAGAUAUCAUAUUUGUAGGCAAAGAUGAGAAGCAUUUAGUUGUUGCUACAAACAGUCAAGAUUUGAAAUAUUAUGAAAUUGAUAGCAUGAACUGUCAAAUUUUAAAAGGCCAUACUGACAUUGUACUAGCUCUAGCCAGCUUCCCAACAAAGCCCGAGAUGUUUGUUUCUUCAGGCAAAGACAAUUCAGUGAGAAUUUGGUUACAAGAUUCUGAUAAUGUUGUGUCAUGUAUUGGAGUUGGAACACGACACACAGCAUCAGUAGGGUCAGUAUUCACUUCCCAGACAUCUAAUGACUUUUUUGCCUCUGUAAGUCAAGACAGUUGCCUCAAAGUAUGGAGUGUCCCCAAAGAUCCCAGUGCAUCUGAUGGAAAGAUAACAACGACAUUUACUGAACUGGCGCAUCAGAUGGAUAUAAACUGCGUGUCUAUUGCUCCAAAUGACAAAAUGAUAGCUACAGGUUCCCAAGAUAAAACUGCUAAAAUUUGGUCAGAGGAGUUAGCAUUGCUAGGAGUACUGAAAGGCCAUAGGCGAGGAGUAUGGUGUGUGAGAUUCUCGCCUGUCGAUCAGGUUGUGUUGACAUCUUCAGCAGACAGUACGAUAAAGUUAUGGUCUAUUGCUGAUUUGAGCUGCCUAAAAACUUUUGAGGGUCAUGAGAGUUCAGUUUUAAAAGUUGAAUUUGUUAGCAGAGGUCAACAAAUUCUAUCGAGUGGGGCAGACGGUCUUCUUAAACUUUGGAAUAUCAAAUCAUCCGAAACUAAGAUGUCCCUAGAUAAUCAUGAUGGUAAAGUCUGGUCACUAGCAAUCAAUAAGAGCGAAUCUCAAGUUAUCACAGGAGGUUCCGAUUCUAAACUUGUAAAACUUCAAGAUGUUACAGCAGAAAAAAGAAUGCAAAUGGCCAAAGAACGAGAAGAAAUGAUAUUACAAGAACAAGAACUGAUGAACUUAUUACACGAUAAACAGCUAAUAAAGGCUUUGAAAUUAGCGUUACGAAUGGGAAGACCUGCUAAUGUCUUGAAAAUAGUUAACGAAGUACUGGCUGGUGGAAACGAAAAACUUUAUGAAACACUCAAAGAAAUUAAUCAUACACAGAAAGAGGCACUACUAAAGUUUGCCGCCGAAUGGAACACCAACAACAAAAAUUGCCAUGCAGCUCAGCUCGUAUUCAAUAUUCUAGCGCCAGAGAUCAUUUCUGGAAACCUGAGAGUUCCAGCAUUGGCUAGCUUUAUUGAAGGUGCGUUACCAUACACAGAAAGACAUUUUGAAAGACUAACGAACUUAUUACAAGACCUCAACUUUAUUUCGUAUACUGUGAACUGUAUGCAACCUCAUGCUGUUAACAAUGUUUAAAGAAAAUAAAUUCCAUUUGCAAAACUGAA